AUGUCCGCCCCCUCCAUCGACGCCUCGCUCGACACGCAGGGCCUCGCCAGCGAACAGCGCGGACUGCUCGACCUCAUCGACAAGCUGCAGUUUGCCCAGCUCGACAAUGUCAAGCUGCCCCAGAUCGUCGUCGUCGGCGACCAGUCCGCCGGCAAGAGCUCCGUGCUUGAGGCCCUUACCGGCACACCCUUUCCGCGCGAUGCCGGCGCCUGCACACGCUUCGCGACCGAGAUCCGUCUCCGGAGAGCAAAGGAGACGACCCUCAAGGUCUCCAUCAUCCCCGACAAGAAGCGCCCAUGGGCCGAGCAGGACAAGCUCCUGCGCUAUGGUGGCGACGUAACAGGCGAUACGCCCUUUGAGGCCAUGAUGCGGGAUGCCACGCAGCUGAUUGCGCCCCGCGAGAUUCCCGGCCGCUUCGCCGCCCGCGAUAUCCUCGUGGUCGAGAAGAGCGGCCCGGACAUGCCUCUCCUGACCCUCGUCGACUUGCCCGGCCUGGUCCGCGUCGCCAACCGCGACCAGUCCGAGGCCGACAUCCAGACCAUCGAGGCGCUCUCGGACCACUACAUGAAGAGCUCCCGCACCAUCAUCCUCGCCGUCAUCGGCGGCAACAACGACUACGUCCAGGCGCCUAUUCUCAAAAAGGCGCGCCACUUUGACCCCCGCGGCUCACGUACGAUCGGCGUCCUCACCAAGCCCGACAUGACCGAACGCAUCGGCCUCGAGGAGAAGUUCCUGGAGCUCGUGACCAACAAGGACCGCGAGAACAACUUCAAGCUCGGCUGGUACGUCCUCCUCAACCCGGGCCCCGGCGAGCAGUGGCUGGCGCCCGAGGAGCGCGCCGCCCGCGAGGCCGACUUCUUCACCCGCGGCCGCUGGUCCGCCCUCCCACCGCACAUGUGGGGGAUCGCCUCGCUGCGCCAGACGCUCAGCACGCAGCUGCAGAGGCACAUUGGCCGCCACGUCAAGACCCUUCGCAGGCAGAUCCAGCAGGCCCUGGAGCGCUGCGACGGCCAGUUGCGCGCCAUGGGCUCCGCCAAGGACACGGUCGAGGAGAUGCGCUUCGAGAUGGGCGAGCUCUUCACCGGCUCCAACAACCUCGUGACUCCCGCCGUCAAUGGCAACUACAAGAACCCCUUUGGCGAACGGUUCUUUGCCCGGCAGUCGAGCCCACGGGGCACGCCGCCGCAUAAGCUGCGUGCGCGGGUGCGCGAGGAAAGCGAGCGGUUCGCGCGGCAGUUUCGCCAGCACGGGCGACGCAUCAACUUUUCGGCCUCGGCUCCUCACGGCGGCAACGCGACUGACAGCGACGGCAGCAGCACUAGCCUACCCGCUGCGGGCAUGGUCGGCGACCAAAGCAAGCGCGACUUUGCGCUCAACGAGGUCGAGCCGCUGCUGCGCCAGAUCCGCGGCAACGAGCUGCCCCUCGACUCGAACCCCCGCGCCCCUUACAUCCUCUUCCAGGACUACUCGCGCAACUGGCCGGUGCUGGCGCAAGAGUACAAGGACAACCUGGGCGUCAUCUGCAACGAGUUCCUGGCCGAGGUCAUCGACCACGUGUGGCCACUGCGCAUGCGCGACCCGCUGCGCUACCACUUCCUCGAGGUGAAGAUGCGCGAGCUCAUGGACGGCGCCGAGGCGGAGCUCGCGCGCCUCACCGACGACAUGGAACUCGAGGUGCAGCCCUACGACCCCGAGUACGAGGAGCGCCUCAUCCGCUGGCGCGCCGAGGCCACGGCCGACGGCGGCUCCUACACCGAGGCCGAGGAGGUGCUCGAGAAGAUGCUCAUCUACUACGACCUCACCGCCCGCAUCUUCACCCGCAACGUCAUCACCCAAGUCGUCGAGCGCCACCUCCUGCUCGGCAUGCUGCGCCUCUUCAACCCCGUCGAGAUCCUGCGCAUGCCCGACAAGACCAUCGAGUCCAUCGCCGCCGAGAACAAGGAGACGCGCGAGCGACGCGCCGCACUCAAGGCUCAGAAGAAGGCCAUCGAGGAGGCCCGCAGCAUAUGCGCCAGCCUCGCCAUGCGCAGCGACCUGCGCGCCUCCUCGUACGACGACGACUCGGACGAGUAUGUCGCGACCGACGAUGAGGACGCCCAGAAGCAGCAGCUAAGGCGCGCCGCAUCCAACCGCCGCCCCAUCUCCUCCAACCAAACCGCCGGCGGCACGCGCACCGACUCUGUCCGCCGCCCCGUACCGCGCGACGACCGUCCCCAGCGUCCCGCCGUCGUCACCGACGGAGCCCCCAGCCAGCGCACGCCCGCCGCGCCCCCGCAGGAGUCUCGGCAGAGCACGCACGGCAGCGUGAGCUACGCCGGCAGCCCCAACCAUCAGCAGCAGCCGCGUGAAUGGGACUCUGCGUACUAUACAUCUGCCGGCGGCGCGCCACAGCAGCAGCAGCAGGCCCCCGGUCACGCUCCUCCGCCGCCGCCUCCUCGCCCACAGAAGGUGGGCUUCGAGGACGCAGACCGGUACUACGACACGGCGGCGACGCAGAGGGGUGAUGGCGCGGCGUCUCCCAACCAGACGAGGAGGGAGAGCGCGCGGUCGAGGCUGACGUCGGCGAUGAGGCUCGGCUCCACGCAGGCGUGA